AUGAGAAAGUUGUCGUCUUUCAGCUCCAGAAGGUCGCUGUAUCUGUGGAAUUUGAAUAUACGGGACACCACAAAUCAUGGCCUUUACAAACAAACUCUCGAUCUCUACAAUUCCAUCCUGCAAUCUAGGGUAGGUGGUGGUAGUAACUUUACUUACCCGAUGGUCCUUAAAGCAUGUUCUUCUUCCCCCGACACCAUCCACGUCGGGAAAAUGCUUCAUUCCCAUAUUACCCAUCUGGGUUUCCAGGUAGACGUCUACGUGCAGACAUCUCUCCUCGAUAUGUACUCCAAGUGCGGCAACUUGGUUUCUUCGAGGAAGGUGUUCGACGAAAUGUCUGAGAGAGGCGUUGUGUCUUGGACCUCCAUGAUCACUGCUUAUUGCCAUUUUUCUCUCGUUGAUGAAGCCGUUUUUGUGAUAAACCAAAUGAGGGCUCUUGGUCUGGAACCAAGUUUGACCACUUUCCUUGUGUUGUUUCCUGCUUGUAGCUCCCUUCUGCAGGGCUUAUCAACCCAGUGUUGUGCCUUCAAAAUGGGGUUCCUGAAUGGUGACGAUGAGGUGCCUCCAACUAAUUCUGUGAUGGGUAUGCUCGUCAAACACUGUCAAACUCAUGAAUCUCGUGCAAUCCUUGAGCAGAUGCAAGAACCGUCGGCCAUCUCUUGGACAACAGUGACUAGCGGUUAUGUGGAAGCUGGACACAUGAAAGAAGCUUUCUCUGUGUUUAACCAGAUGAGGAGGAAAACCAUAAGCCUGGAUUAUGUAUCUUUCUUCGCAAUCAUAUCAGCUUGUAGCCAGCAUGGCGACCUGUUGGUAGCUUCGACGGUCCAUUCUCUAAUAAUCAAAACCAGAUGUGAGAGUGAAGAUGCUAUUGACAAUCUGCUAGUGAGCAUGUAUGCAAAAUGUUGUGAUCUCGUCUAA